GAUCACGUGGAUUCAUCUAACUAAACGGUACCUGGGGACAUGGUGGUCCUUUAGAGAGCACAUCUAAAUUACUGGCUAAUUUCUUGGUUUGCCACUCAGCGUAGGACAUUGUUUGAUUCUCUCUAUCAGAACUCUCCUACGUUUUCCCCACCAUGCUGUCUUUAUUAGCUUGAACUCCUUUCCUAAAAUGGUCCUUCUGUUGAUCUUGUCAGUGCUGCUUUUGAAAGAAGAUGUCCGUGGGAGUGCACAGUCUAGCGAGAGGAGGGUGGUGGCUCACAUGCCGGGUGACAUCAUCAUUGGAGCUCUGUUUUCUGUCCACCACCAGCCCACCGUGGACAAAGUUCAUGAGAGGAAGUGUGGGGCAGUCCGCGAACAGUAUGGCAUUCAGAGAGUGGAAGCCAUGCUGCACACCCUGGAAAGGAUCAACGCAGACCCCACACUCCUGCCCAACAUCACACUGGGCUGUGAGAUAAGGGAUUCCUGCUGGCACUCGGCUGUGGCCCUAGAACAGAGCAUUGAGUUCAUCAGGGACUCCCUCAUUUCUUCGGAAGAAGAAGAAGGUUUGGUGCGCUGUGUGGAUGGCUCUUCCUCCUUCCGCUCCAAGAAGCCCAUAGUAGGGGUCAUUGGGCCCGGCUCCAGUUCUGUGGCCAUUCAGGUCCAGAACUUGCUCCAGCUUUUCAACAUACCUCAGAUUGCUUACUCGGCAACAAGCAUGGAUCUGAGUGACAAGACUCUGUUCAAGUACUUCAUGAGGGUCGUGCCUUCAGAUGCCCAGCAGGCUCGGGCCAUGGUGGACAUAGUGAAGAGGUACAACUGGACCUAUGUGUCAGCUGUGCACACAGAAGGCAACUAUGGAGAAAGCGGAAUGGAAGCUUUCAAAGAUAUGUCAGCCAAGGAAGGAAUUUGCAUUGCUCACUCUUACAAAAUCUACAGCAACGCGGGAGAGCAGAGCUUCGACAAGCUGCUGACGAAGCUCAGGAGUCACUUGCCCAAGGCCCGGGUUGUAGCCUGCUUCUGUGAGGGCAUGACCGUGCGAGGACUGCUGAUGGCCAUGAGGCGCCUCGGUCUAGCUGGAGAAUUUCUGCUUCUGGGAAGUGAUGGCUGGGCUGACAGGUAUGAUGUGACUGACGGAUAUCAGCGAGAAGCUGUUGGUGGAAUCACGAUCAAGCUCCAAUCUCCCGAUGUCAAGUGGUUUGAUGAUUAUUAUCUGCAGCUACGGCCAGAAACAAACCUCCGAAACCCUUGGUUUCAAGAGUUUUGGCAGCAUCGUUUUCAGUGCCGGCUGGAAGGGUUUGCACAGGAGAACAGCAAAUACAACAAGACCUGCAACAGUUCUCUGACUCUGAGAACACAUCACGUUCAAGAUUCCAAAAUGGGAUUUGUGAUCAAUGCGAUCUACUCCAUGGCCUAUGGCCUUCACAAUAUGCAGAUGUCCCUCUGCCCAGGCUACGCGGGCCUGUGCGAUGCAAUGAAACCCAUCGAUGGACAGAAACUUUUGGACUCCCUGAUGAAAACCAAUUUCACUGGGGUUUCCGGAGAUAUGAUCUUAUUCGAUGAGAAUGGAGACUCUCCAGGAAGGUAUGAAAUAAUGAACUUCAAGGAAAUGGGAAAAGAUUAUUUUGAUUAUAUCAAUGUUGGAAGCUGGGACAAUGGAGAAUUAAAAAUGGAUGAUGAUGAGGUAUGGUCCAAGAAAAACACCAUCAUCAGAUCUGUGUGCAGUGAACCAUGUGAGAAAGGCCAGAUAAAGGUGAUCCGGAAGGGCGAAGUCAGCUGCUGUUGGACCUGUACACCAUGUAAAGAGAACGAGUAUGUCUCUGACGAGUACACCUGCAAGGCGUGCCAACUGGGGUCCUGGCCCACCGAUGAUCUUACAGGUUGUGAGUUGAUCCCAGUACAGUACCUUCGCUGGGGUGACCCUGAGCCCAUUGCAGCUGUGGUGUUUGCCUGCCUCGGCCUGCUGGCCACCCUGUUCGUCACGGCAGUCUUCAUCAUUUACCGCGACACCCCAGUAGUCAAGUCCUCCAGCAGGGAACUCUGCUACAUUAUCCUGGCUGGCAUCUGCCUGGGCUACCUAUGCACCUUCUGCCUCAUUGCAAAGCCCAAACAGAUUUACUGCUACCUUCAGAGAAUCGGCAUUGGUCUCUCCCCAGCCAUGAGCUACUCAGCCCUGGUAACCAAGACCAACCGUAUUGCCAGGAUCCUGGCCGGCAGCAAGAAGAAGAUCUGUACCAAAAAGCCCCGAUUCAUGAGUGCCUGUGCCCAGCUGGUGAUUGCUUUCAUUCUCAUAUGCAUCCAGCUGGGCAUCAUCGUCGCCCUCUUUAUAAUGGAGCCUCCUGAUAUCAUGCACGACUACCCAAGCAUCCGGGAGGUCUACCUGAUUUGUAAUACCACCAACCUAGGAGUCGUCACUCCUCUCGGAUACAAUGGAUUGCUGAUUUUGAGCUGCACCUUCUACGCUUUCAAGACCAGAAACGUCCCGGCUAACUUCAACGAGGCCAAGUAUAUCGCCUUCACCAUGUACACCACCUGCAUCAUAUGGCUGGCCUUCGUGCCCAUCUACUUUGGCAGCAACUACAAAAUCAUCACCAUGUGCUUCUCAGUCAGCCUCAGUGCCACCGUGGCGCUAGGCUGCAUGUUUGUGCCGAAGGUGUACAUCAUCCUGGCCAAACCGGAGAGAAACGUGCGCAGCGCCUUCACCACAUCCACCGUGGUGCGCAUGCACGUGGGGGAUGGCAAGUCAUCCUCGGCCGCCAGCAGGUCCAGCAGCCUCGUCAAUCUGUGGAAGAGGAGAGGCUCCUCCGGGGAAACCCUAAGGUACAAAGACAGGAGACUGGCCCAGCACAAGUCGGAAAUAGAGUGUUUCACCCCCAAAGGGAGUAUGGGGAAUGGUGGGAGAGCAACAAUGAGCAGCUCCAAUGGCAAGUCCGUCACGUGGGCCCAGAACGAGAGAAGCGGCCGGGGGCAGCACCUGUGGCAGCGCCUGUCCAUCCACAUCAACAAGAAGGAGAAUCCCAACCAGACGGCGGUCAUCAAGCCCUUCCCCAAGAGCACGGAGAGCCGUGGCCUGGGCGCAGGCAGCGCGGGCGGCGCGGGCACCAGCGCGGGGGCCCCGGGCGGCGCCAGCUGCACGGCUGCGGGCCCCGGCGGCCCCGAGCCCCCCGACGCCGGCCCCAAGGCGCUGUACGACGUAGCGGAGGCCGAGGAGCAGCUGCCCGCGCCCGCGCGCCCGCGCUCGCCCUCGCCCAUCAGCACCCUGAGCCAGCGCGCGGGGUCGGCCGGCUGCCCCGACGACGACGCGCCCGCGCUGCCCUCGGAGCCCGCGGCGCGCAGCAGCACCUCGCAGGGCUCGCUCAUGGAGCAGAUCAGCAGCGUGGUGACUCGCUUCACGGCCAACAUCAGCGAGCUCAACUCCAUGAUGCUGUCCACGGCCGCGCCCGGGCCCGGCGCGGGCGCCCCGCUCUGCUCCUCCUACCUGAUCCCCAAAGAGAUCCAGCUGCCCACGACGGUGACGACCUUCGCCGAGAUCCAGCCUCUGCCCGCCAUCGAGGUCACGGCCGGGGCGCAGCCGGUGGCGGCAGCGGCGGCCCCGCCGGCGGGGGGCGCUGCCCUGGAGACCCCGGCGCCCGGGCCCGAGGCUGCAGCGGGCAAGCCGGACCUGGAGGAGUUGGUGGCCCUCACCCCGCCGUCCCCCUUCAGAGACUCGGUGGACUCGGGGAGCACAACCCCCAACUCGCCAGUGUCCGAAUCGGCCCUGUGUAUUCCAUCGUCUCCCAAAUAUGACACACUGAUCAUCAGAGAUUACACUCAGAGCUCCUCGUCGUUGUGAGAGUCACUGGAAACCACGCUGGGUUCCCCAUGGAGCCAGGCCGCCCCGUGUCCGCACGGUGACCAGGGCAGUCGCCGGGUUUUAGAUCAGCGGUGGAAGAUGUGGAGUAAAAGCCGCCCUGGAGACGUGAGAUUAAAUAGUGCUAUUUAACAUCAACCGACGAAGACACCAACGACAAAUCUUCUGGCAGAUUCUCUUCUAGUGGCCUUAGAACACAUGGGCUUUUAAGAAACACUGCUAUUUUUGAGGGCUGGCAGGAGUCUGCUCAAACCGUUACAUACCAAGUGCUUUGCUCUAGGGAAGCAAUGAGGUGAAACAGCAUCACGGAGGGGGGAAAGCAUAGUCGAUAAACAACUGUACAGAGUUUCCGUUUGUUUACUUCAGUUCUUUUCCCAGAAGAGUCUUUGAUUCACCAAACAUGAAUGUACAUUUUCUAACAAACUGAAAAUCUGGGACCAAAACGUCAACCUAUCUCGUUUUGUUUUGUUUGUUUGUUUGUUCCUUUUUUCUUUGCCAUCCCCGCCCCCCCCCCCCGCCCCUUUUCUUUUAAAGACUUUGAAAAGCAGUUCCUUGAGCCCGGCAUUUACUGAGGCGUAGUGAGUGUGUCCGAAGCAUAGCACACAACUGGAUAAUGAGUGGUGCGCUGAUGUAUGUAGGGCUUUUAACCAGAGACUUCCUUUCCUCUCCAAUUUGUUUGUGAAAUCCUCUUCCAAAAGCCUGCAUCCGAGAUUCCAUCUAGUUAUUUCAAUUCACCUCCAUCGACCAAGAAAACCAGUGGAAGAUUUCUUGACUAUUUCACCAUGUUGCCAAUCAAUACUGGAGUAGCAAAAAAAAUAUUUUCUGGAAUACUGUUUUGUAAUUCCCUUACUGGGGUGUGUUGUGUAGCUGGGAAUGCUCUUUAUAAUAAUCAUUCUUAAGCUCCAGCUUGGCUAUCUCUCUCAUGAACUGGGGCCACUCCUCCUUGUGAAUGCUGUUCCCUUAGCAUUGCCAGCUAAACUAUUAGCUUAUGCAUUUGGGCUUCUUCGUUCCUUUCUUUUGAGAACCUGCUGCAGAAAAAGCUCCUCUGUUCUUUUCAAGUCCCACCACUGGAAGAAUGGUCCAAAGACCCAAUGAAGACAUUGUCACGCCUGGAGGCACUGUUGUUGAAAAAAAUUAACACAGUCUUAAUACACUGGAAAUGUUAAACUGUGUCAAGUCGGCUUAGCAGAGAUUUAGCCAUGCCAGUGAGCAGUGAUUUUAACUUUUCUUGGCUGCUGCAAACAAGGCAGCUAUGAACUAUGACAAAUGUAGAUUUUUUUCAAAGCAAUACAGAAUACUAAAACAGAGGAACCUUAAUGAAAAUAAACCACACAGUCUUUCUUAGCCAUUCCAAAAAGAGGCAAAGCAAUUAUGACUAUUUUCCUUUUUAAAGUAAUUAUUAAUAUCAUUUUGUGCAUUUCAUACUGUCACUUUUUGAAUACUGCAGAAAAGAGAUUUAAAGUUAUAAUAGAAAUACACAUGCUCUGAUAGGCUCAUAUAGAUACCAUUCACAGCUCAAGACCUGCAUCCACUGUCAUCUUUCUUCCUCCCAUUACAGCUAUCCUCAGGUGCCAAAUGUUUUUGAUUUUUAAAUAAGGAUAGUAAUAAAAGGAGGAAAUGUCCUAUAAGUUUCAAGUUCAGUUGACCCAGCCUUAUACUAAAGGUAGCCUUAUGAAAAACUUUUUCGGUGAGGCAGAAGUACAUUUUUUGGCAGAAAUAUAGGUAAAACCUUUUUUUCUUUUGCUCAAUAUCCUUAUUUUGUAUGUUUUUUUUAUUUCAUAUCGACUUAAAAGAAGAACUCAGAAAUAGAAAUAUAUCCAUUGGCCAUAUUUUAUCAUUCUCCACUUUUAAAAGCUAUAAUAAAUAUACUGCUGGAUUUCCUUUUCCUGGUACCUGUUUUAGUGUUAAAUUUUAAAUCAAAUCUCCCAAUAUAAAAUAUUAAAAGCUAGCAUUAAUUUACUCAAAUAUAAAUUUAAAACUUCAAACCUCCCAUGACAGAUUUGAAAUAGCAUCAUCAGAGCUCCCUGAUUCCAAAUAUGAUAAUGAGACCCUUGAACCUAGCUAAAUUUUAAGGUGUCAUUGAAAGUAAAUGUCUGCCUCUACUCAAAAAAACAAAUGUAAAUAUCUUGAAGUAUUAUUAUCCCUGGAUCCUCAUCUAAAUGGUGGCAUUCACCUGAGGAUUACUGUCUUGAUUUCUUAGACAUUGAAACAUUUCUAAAUAUGCUUUACUACCUAAGUGUUAAAAUGCCUUUCAUAAAACCCUAUGUUGAGUUCCAUUUUAUUCUCAAGUACAAUAAGUUUCACUGUAUUGACCAACAGAAUACCAUUUUUUAAACUUUCUCCAUGAUCAAAUCUGUUCUAAGCUCUUCGUAACAUAUUUCUUUUAAAAGUACAUUAAUUUAUUAGAAAUUAAAAGCAAAUAAAUUCCCCUGUAAUAAUUCCACAUGAAAUUACAAUCAACUCUAAGAAAAAUAAUUUAUCCAGUUAGGGGACAAGAUGUAUUGUUCUCUGUAUUUCUAUGCCCUGUGCCACUUCAUUCUAUACAUUGUAUAUAUUAGUAGUACUAGUGCAUUCUUGAGAUUUUUUUAUUUUGGAAUGAUGCUAACUCUGUCUCUUUGCCAAUUCUCAUACCAGGUUCCAAGUAAUAAAUCUACAACACAAAGAGAAACGAAUAUUCCUUCUAGGGCUAGGAUGUGAACUUCACAAUUAAUUUGGGUACCUAUUUUCAUUGAAUUUCCUUGAAAACAAUCUGUUCCUGGUGUCCAGUGAUAAUUCAGUUGGGACUAAAAGAAAGGGGAAAGUACAGCGAAAUGCUAAAGUUCAGAAAAGUGACCCUACAGGACAGUUUGGUUCCAGGAUGGAAAAAAAAGAAGACCUGGUUUGAUCAAGUGAUGUGGACUAUCUAAGCAGUCUACCCAUUCUGUAAUUUGGGGAGAGAAGUGGAGGCAGCCUGAGAAAAGCACAUCUGGAUUGGGAAGAACCAUCUGUCUAGAUUAGGGGGAGCAGAAAGAAAGGGAGUAUGGAAAGGAGAACCAGAUAAAAUUUGACUGGAAAAAAGCAAACUCCCAAGUGUUGCUAAGCCUUGAUAGUAACAGCCUUUCCCAAGCUCCUGCUGUUACCAGCAAGUGAUCAGAAAGACUAGGAGCUGUUCCUGACUGUAAAUGAAUUGUACAGUGGCUCUGCUGCAGUGCUGUGACUUCCAAACCAGGAAUUAAAUACUUAUUAAGAAAAAAAAAUAAACAUUUUCUAGGUUAGUCUCCCAGCAAAAUGUACAUGCGUUGGAGACUUCAAAGGUAUUAUCUGAGUUCACAUUUAGCCACAGCUUAUUAAUAACCCUCAAGCUGUCAGAAUCUCUAUAGUAACCAUUUACAAUUUUAUACUGUGAAAAAAUACAGAUCAGUGAAAAGCAUAAAGAUAAAUUAGAAUUCACUUUAAAGAGGGUCUGAGGCCUGGGAGAUUCUCUACUAUCUGUUGAAGAAUGAGGCAUGUAUAAAAUAGUUGGCUGAAUUUCACUGAUCUUCCCAAUGUGAACAAAUAUACUAUGUAUAUUGUGUGUAUUUCUAGAUUUCAAUGGCAGCUGCUGGUGGUGUUGUAAUUAGAAAUCUAUAUAGAAUAUAGAUGUUUUAGGGAGAUGGUGCCAAUCCUAAAAGAUUUGUGUGGGCUACAAGUGCUUGUACUUACAUUUUUCUGCACUUAUAACUGAUUUGGUUUAAAAAAAAAAAAUUGUGUGCGUGUAUCUGUUCUUUUUCUGUUGUUGCAACUUGUACUAUUAAAACAAUAGAGAAUGUUAAAUUAUUUUGAUGUGAAUUGCAAAUCAUUUUUUUUCAUAAAAUUUAACAUUUUUAUCAGCAUUGUUUCGCUUUGUACUUGUACAAAUGUGUUUUAUUUUAGCAUUUUAAAAUACACUUGCCUGUUUCUCAGUUGUCUAAAUCA